UGCUGCUGCUGACGGACGACCAAAAAAAAAAAACAACAUCAACGGAGAGCAAGCAAGAAGCAAAGCAAGGACCCAACAGGCAAAGACAACGAACAAGGAGAGGCAUGAGUGGACGUGACAAGGACAAUGCUGCCGACAGCGGCAAGGGCAAGGGCGCCCGUGUUGGCGGUGUGGUCUGGGAUCCCCUUCCAGCGGGUUUGGCCACGGCCUUCUUCAGCGUCGCUCCGCUUGCUUCGUUUGCGCUUCCAACGUUUGGUUGGACGGUCCCGGGUGCCAUCGCUGCUGCAGCGGCCGUCCCCUUGGUCGCCCUCUCUUCCCAUUCCUAUGUCGUCGCGUCUUGCGUGUCCACCAUCUUGGGUUGUGUUUGCUCCGUGGGAUUGAACCUUGCGACGGCAGAUUACAGCUUUCAAGAGCGCAACUUUGCAGAUGCCGGGGCGUUUCUUGUGUCCUUGUCUGUCUUCCAUUGCUCAGAGUACAUCAUGACCGCACUUUACAACCAGCACGUCCUCUCCUUUGAUUCCUUCCUCCUGAACCAUUCUCGGGAGUACCAUGCCGCCCUAGCAGCUGCUGCUGUUGAGUACAGUCUUCGAUCCUACUUUGUGCCGUGGCUUCACUUUCGGCCUCUCUUCUACACGGGCCUUGCCAUGGCCGUGGUUGGCGACGUGGCGCGGAAGCUGGCGAUGAUGACGGCGGCUUCAAAUUUCAAGCACAUCAUUGCCACUGAACGGGAUGAAACACACAAGCUCGUCACGCACGGCAUUUAUGGCUGGUGUCGCCACCCUUCGUACUUUGGCUGGUCGCUGUGGGCGGUUGGAACACAAGUGCUGCUCUCGAACAUCCUCUGCACUGGGGCGUAUGCGUACGCGGCCAUCUCCUUCUUCCGGGAUCGCAUUGAGUUUGAGGAGGCGUAUCUGCUGCGCUUCUUCGGCAACGACUAUGCCCGCUAUCGCGCCACCACUUGGAGCGGUGUGCCCACGGUGCCAUAAACCACAACAGACGA